UUCACCCACACCAAAGCAGGAUUUUCGCAUGAAGUUUCUCCUUUUUCUUUUAUUUACUGGUUUAUAGAACGUAUUUGAAGCAUGUCUAGUCGGAUUACGCAGCAAUGGGCAACCUUCUCGCGCAUAUGGUAUCUCAUAGAUGCGUAUAGGCAACCACCAGGAAGGGUAGCUGUCGCCAUCUCCAAAGUUCUUCAGGGAAAACACAAACCUAUCUAUCAUCCACUAAGUGAUGUUGGAGACCACGUGGUGGUUAUAAACACAAGCCAAGUUGCAUAUGCCAAGGAUAAGUGGGAGGAGAAAAUUUACUACCACCAUACUGGAUAUCCAGGUGGAUUCAGCGAAACUCCUGCCCAUGAGUUUCACCAAAAAGACCCUACAAAGGUGAUAAAGAAAGCUGUGUAUGGCAUGCUGCCCAAAGAUCUCAGAAGACGUGAGAUGAUGAGGAGGUUACAUUUAUUUGCCGAUCAUGAUGUACCAGAGGACAUCUUAGCCAACGUCAGUGAGCAGAUCAAACCACCCAGGGUAGUCCCCAGAGCUCUCACAGAGUACACACAGGAAGAGCUAGAUAACUUCCCAAAGUUAUGGCUACCAAAGGAGCCAAAGUACUGACAAGAAUUAUCACUAUGAGCCAUGUACAUCAAGAGACUCUAUAUGAAAGGACUACUUUGAGCCAUCUCCAUUUAUCACUUCCAAAGUCCACCAUGCUCUUAUGCAAUCAUGGAAGCCACUUGCUUAAAACACCAGUCUGCAGUCGUUUAUAAUCAUCGGUAGCUAAGAUGGUUAAUUUGAGCUUGUUUGGUCAUAGAUGUUAAAAGCAGGUUUGAUUGGAGGAUGCUAGGAGGUCAGGAGGAAACCAUUUUGUGCUUCAGAAUCAGAGAAUAUAUAAUUAUUUUAUACUCGAAACCUGCUUCAAGUGGUUCCUGUAUAGAAAGACUACCCAUCGAUAAAGCCUGCAGUCUUGGUUUUCCCUGAACAGUGAUUCGCAGUGAAACGUUUUGAUUAACUUGUACUUGAAGACACCUUUCCAAUGAAGACUACUUUAUUUGGCAUCCUUGAGCACAGGUUUCACUGUACCUUGAAACCACAAGGACUACACGAUGAUCACCGGAUUUCAUUCUUGCUGUCUUCACGUUUGUUGAUCUGAAAAUAUGGACAAGCAACUUUAAGAUGGUUAUGAUGAAAGCCGAUAUUGUGAUGUUUUUAUGAUUUAAAGAUGGAAAAUUAAUGUA